AAACCGGCUCCUUGCGCAUGCGCCCUGAGUUCUUGGUCACGUUCGGCAAUAUUCUGGAGGCUGAGGGGAGAAGAUUGAGUUUCUCUGCCUCUUUCUUGACGGCGUCUCCGUGGCUUGAGGCGGCCUGGCUGUUUGUUUUCCUCAGAGGAGCAGCAAUGAGCCAAAGCCCCGGCGCUGAGGGAGCCGGCGAAGGCCUGGGAGGCGAGGAUGUAGCAGGCAAAGCUCUGGAAGGCCCUGGUUGCUCCAAGGCGAGGUCCCGCUUCGACGGGGGAAGCCUCUCAGAGUCCAGCGGGGAGGGAAACGAAGACAUGGAGGAAGAGGAGGAGGAGGAGGAAGAAGGAGAGGAAGAAGAGAUGGAGGAAGGAGGGGGCCCAGAACAAGGUCCCUUUGGGGCUUUGGGGAUAGAAGACGAAGCCAAUGCGGAUGAGCGCAUGAUAAACCUCUCUGAAAUGACACCAUAUAUCAUGUGUUCCAUCUGCAAGGGGUACUUUAUAGAUGCCACAACCAUCACAGAGUGCCUUCAUACAUUUUGUAAAAGCUGCAUAGUUAGACAUUUUUACUACAGUAACAGAUGUCCAAAAUGCAACAUUGUUGUACAUCAGACGCAACCUCUUUAUAAUAUCAGGCUGGAUCGACAGUUGCAAGAUAUAGUAUAUAAAUUAGUUCUCAACUUGGAAAAAAGAGAGAAAAAGCAAAUGCAUGAUUUCUACAGAGAGAGAGGCCUAGAAAUUCCAAAACCUGCAGUACCACUACCAAUUGCUGCAGGCAGAGGAAGACCCCGCAAAGUUCUGGGGUCAGUGUUCCGAAUUCCCCCAGAACUUGACACAUCACUACUCCUAGAAUUCAUUGGAGGUAAUGAUCUCUCUGGGACCUUUAAGCCCCUCGAAAAGAAGUUUAUACGUGUUUCAGGAGAUGCAACAGUUGGCCAUGUAAAGAAAUUCCUCUGCAGAAAGAUGGAUCUUGAUCCUGGCUGUCAGGUAGACAUAAUAUGUGGUGAUCACCUGUUAGAAAACUACCAGACUCUAAGGGAAAUCCAACAAGCUCUAGGAGAGAGUGCAGUCCAGGAUGGUUUACUUGUGCUUCACUACGGUCUGAUUUGCAGAGAUUCCACAUUUUAAAGGGACUCUUAAAUAUCAAUUAAAGCAGUCUGAAUGAAGAAGCAUCCUUAAUCUGAAGGAAAGCCUGGAGAAAGCCAUUUUAUUGGAAGAAAUCAAAGAAAUGCUUUCCUGUUUGAUCUGCACAGUAAAGUAGCAUGUGACUUAAAUCCAAGAGGAAAAAGAAAUGCUGUGCCUGUGCGUACAGCUAUGAAUACUUCAGUGCUCUUGUGUUUUCAAUCAUGCAGGAAGCUCAGGGAGAAGGAACUCUUUCAAGUUAUCAAUUUUAAAUGCUGUUUUGUUUCUUUCAUCAUUUAUAACAUACUUUCAGGACUUGAGUUGGAAACUAAUAUUUAUCUAAAAGACCCUAGCUAUACAGUUCUGGGAUAUUCUCAGGGAUUAUGUAUUGCUGGAAAAUAUAAGUAAAGUAUUGGGGAAUGAUUGUAUACUAGCUGUCUUGUCUUAGAAAUAGUAGAGGCCGUCUUUCAAAUACAUCUCGCGGACCAGAUGGAACAUAACCAUCUUUUUUUAAAAAAUAGAAACUUUCUAUCUCAUUUUUGUGAGAAAUAGAAUUCAAAUAUGCAAUAUCCUGUCAAAUUAAUUAAAUUGUGCAGAAGUAUUUGAAGAAAUGAUAACUAUUCAACAGAUGUUAACUAUACAACAGAUUGACAUUGUUGUUUACCCAGUGAUAACCAAUUGUUCUUUAGCCAGUGUCAAAGUGACGACGUCUUCUGUGGUUUCUUCAGAAGCUAUUAAGCUCCUGGUUAUAUUCUUAUUGAAGUCAGUAGUCAGGUUUUAUUUGAAUUGACUCCCAUCAGAUAACAUUGUGUGUUUAGAUGAUUUCACAGUUUUUCCUCAGUACCCUUCUUCCUUCCAUACUCUUCAUUCUGAGAGUCUUCAAAAUGCUUGCACUUACUCCUCACAAGCUCUGCCAUCUUCCCUUCUUAUCAAUAUUCAGCAACACUCUUCUUAUUUAUUCCAGUAACUGACAUUUUGGAUCCUUGGUGUCACCUUAUAGAAUCCAGAACCACCUUAAAUUAUAUACGUUUCAGGCAAUGUCUGGUGCUCCCUCUCCCAUAGUGACACUGGGUAUGUAAACAGCAAAGUUGUGCAAGUUACAACACAGUGAGGGAAUUAGUUGUUAGCAUUUUCUAGAACAGAGGCAUAGCAGUGACCUUAUUGCAGGGAUUUUAUAGAACUUUUGAUAUGAAUAGCUUAAUUAGUUAUCACAGACAGCAAUUUUGAGUCUUAUUCUUUUUAAUUGCUAGGCAAAAAUACAUUUUGUGAUACAACUUCUGUUUACUGUCAGAAAUUUUUCUGACCUUCGAAUCCUUCAGUGUACAAUUGUUUUUCUGUGGUUUUAAGGACACUCAAAUUGCACAUUUAUAGUUUCUGAAAUGCUUUUAAACUAUACUAUUUGCUUGUGAAACGAAUUUUAUAAAAUCAAUUGCAACAAUGCAUUUUUAUUUGUGUGGAUAUUUGUAAAUAUUUAUGUAUUUUAUAUUCAAAACCAGAGCUUUUUCAGGAUUUCUAUCAAAGUAAUAAACAGAAGGGAAAUGAAA